UCUACAUGACUCCCUCAACGCUCUCUUCGCCUUCGUCUCUAUAGACCAACGCGACCGGCACAGAUGAAGACAGUCCUCUCGGCGGCAUGUCUGCUUCCCUGCCAUCGCAAGCACGACAACAUGCCGGAGGGGCGUCGCACCACCCGGAGCUACAGUCCGUCUCGUCCGUUCCCCCGGUCCCCUCUAUACCCGCACACGAACCAGUAGUGAAUAGAGGUCGCGCACUCACCUCCUCCUCACGGAAUGCCUCUCCCAGAGCACGGACGCCCGUCGCGACGAGUUCAAAGGCUGGCCCAAGUCCUGACAGUGGCGGUAUCGAGCGCAAACCGUCCAUUUCCUAUGGCCACCACCGCAACACCUCCAUCGUGCAUGGCAUACAACACUCGCGCAAUACAAGCUUCGUGAAUUCACCAGCGACCAGUCCUCUGAGUCCGCAGAUGAUUGCUGCUGCUGGUGGAGGAUCUUUCAGCGCCUUUGACGGCCCGACUAUGGCCAUUGAUGAAGCAAGAGACCACCACAUGGUGACUGGUUCGAUAGUUGGACAGAAUGGAACAUCAAAACAUAUACACCAGGCGUCGCUACCGACUGCAGAACAUGCACCUACAAGUCACCGACGACCAGAAAGAAUGCUAAGUAGCAGGACUAAGCGCGAUGCGCAUAAUCGGUCGCAGUCCAGAUCGCAUCCUUCGCAGGAUCUAAAGACUGUGGGAGAAUAUGCCUUACAUCAUCUCUUCAACGCCUUCGUGGGACAGGCUGACCAAAAAAUCAAUCGUUGUGUUAGUGAGCCCAGCAAGCCCGAACCUCGAGUUGAACUUAUCUGUGGGCCUGGUGUGGAUCAGAACUUUGAUCAAUUGAUAUCUGCUCUUGGUCAUAUCGCACGACAGAAGCCAAAACCAUUAACAGAUACUUUGAUGUUCUGGCGCAAGGCCAAGGCUGAAGAAGUCAUUCAAGCCAAGAAUGAUUUGAACCGCAUGCCACGGUCACAUACUCCCGGGUUCAAUGGCCUAGCUCGACGCAAUACUGAGCCUGUCAACGGCAACCCCGACCCUACCAGUCCUACAAAUACCAUUGCACUGAUCUCUGAGCAAGCCACAGAACGCCAACUAGCUCUGAUACAAGCAGAGCGUAGGUCGACUGUCUCGAUAUACAUCCUCUGCAGAGUAUUGAUGGAGAUCAUUGGACAAACUACCUUAGAUGCCAUCACGCCUGACAUGGCGGGCCGGCUCGAGGACAUCAUAUUCGCACAAUUAGCUCAAGCAGAUCCGGAAUCGCUCGAAGAGUCUCCUUUACGACAUGCUAAUUGGGUGAUAUUCGGUCAGCUUCUAGGAGUCAUGGAUUCCAUUAAUGUUGGGAGUGUCUCACGACGAUACUUGGAAUCUUUGAAUUCGCCAAGUCUCUCCGUCAAAGGUACAGCACUCCUCAUUAAGGGUAUGAGGUAUCUUAGGCUUGACACGUCUUCCGAGAGUAAAUGGCAUAGAUCAUGCGACUUCAUGACUGCGCUGGGAAGAUUCUUCGCAGAUGCGCACGGGCAGCCUGUCAAGUACGCAUACUGCCAACUGUUCAAGGAGCUGCUUCUUCCGGUAGCCGCUCGCGCAAAGCUAGAGUUCAAUGAACCUAAAUGGCGAGCAUUCUUCGAGAUCUUGCGACCGCGAGUCUCUAAUCUGAUAUCGAAGCCCAAACAUUGGCAUGAAGCAUAUCCUUUACAAGCUGCCAUGCUUUGUACGGCACCUGCAGAUCUCUUCGCUUCACAGUGGCUCGCUGCUGCACUAUCGUGCCAAUCUCGCCUGAAAGAGCGUGCUUCGCGCGCAAUCUCGCUGAGAAGCAUUUGUCGUCUUGUCUGGACAUAUCUUUACCGUCUUGGCACGGAUUCCUCGAAUACGGCAGUGAAGAAGCUAGAUGAGAUCAUUCGCAUGGUCUUCGUGCCAGGGAAGCGGUCCUAUCUGUCCACGGAGCCCAUGAUUGCAGAGCCAAUCAUACAACUCAUCCGAUUCAUCGGAUUCCGGCACCAGGACUACUGCUUUCGGACUAUCAUCUUCCCUCUCAUGAAUGCAGAUCAGAUCUCAUCAGAAAAGUAUCUGCGCGUUGAAUCUUUAGAACCCGAAAGAAUGGUGAUAGGAAUCAGAGCUUUUCUUGCCAUCAUGGGUGAUCUGGAGAAAGGAGAACAACCCCCCUUUCCAACAUCCUUCGAUAGCGACCCUUACACUGGCUUUCCCGAAAUGCCCUCACUACCAAACAGCCCCAGGCCGCCAGUUGUAAUGCCUCCCAAAUCAUCGUUUGUGAAAGAGGAGCGACUCUCUAGACCUGUCAUAUUGACCGAGUUCGAUGAAAUCGCCAAAGAGUCAUAUGCUCGAUUUUGCAGGAUUCUAGGAGAUAUUGCAGUAAUGUGCGAUGUCACGUUUGGAGGUCAAGCUGUUUUAGACGAAAAGUUUGCAGUACCGACUCCAAAGACGCCUAUGGCAGAAGCGUUUAACUUUACGCGCCGCGAUGAAUAUCAAAACUCUCCUGACUUCCGCGCAGGGUUCUACGAUCUACUACAUGUAUCUGUCCAGGCUUUGCCGCGCUGCCUUCCGUCCCAAACUCAAUUCAGCGUUGUAUUGAACCUACUGUGCACCGGGACCGCUCAUGUCCGGAAAGACAUUGCACAAUCGUCAGCACAAUCACUUAAAGCGAUCGCUCGUCAAGCUCAUCCGCACCAUUUGUCGUACGCUCAGCUUGUGACACUUGGCUUCGCCAGAUUCAUCUUCAACUUCGAUGACAGGUAUUCGACCAUGUCCGACGGUGGCAUGCUUGGCCCUGCUCACAUUGAGAAUACCCUAAAGCUGUAUGUAGAGCUACUAGAGAUCUGGAUCGAAGACAUUCGUUCGAAAAAGAAAAAAGUCGCCAACGCAUCCGUCGACGAUUUUGUCGCUAGCAAACGUGGUGCUGGACUAGACCAGACAGCACUCAGUCAUCAUGCGGAUGAAGUGGAGUCACAUGGACUUUUCUUUCUCUGUUCGCCUGCGAGAAGAGUACGAUCAUACGCUAUCAAAGUAUUGAGACUUGUGACAGAGUUCGAUACGGCACUCAAUUUCAGCAACACUGCCAGGAUAAUCCUCCUCAUGGAAGGAAGUCCCGACAAAGUUCUCAAUGUCCACGAUGAGAAGUUGUCAUUGGCAGAGAGGAGUCGCUUACAGAGGGGCAUGAGAAAGAGCAACUCGCACAGCACCCUAAUCGAGCUUUGUACCAGCGAGACGACUUAUGAUUUCACUCUAUGGUUCAAAGUCUUCCCAAAUCUGGCCAAGAUGUGCUUCGAGCUAUCUCAAAUUACAGCUGCCCUGACGAGAGACAUUGUAUGUGGAAGACUGAUUCAGCUGCAGCGCACGAUUGCAACUCUAGCGGACGGCCAAAGAGCGAGUCCAUAUCCUGGCUUCGAGCCUGGGGCCAAUAGGAGCGUCAAUAGGCUGGCCAGUACCUCUCCGGAAUUGGUGAUCGAGCAAUGGAAAUUAUACCUCAUAUUUGCGUGCACGACCAUGAUGAGCAUCGGUGGCCCUCAGAACACUGUUGUUCUGGUGUCUCAGCAUACUAGGAAGAGUUCGAGAUCGUCCCAAAAGAGCUCCAACAAGGUUCAGACUGCAGAUGAACUGUUUGCUCGAGUGCUUCCGUUCUUAUCAGCCUCUAAUCCAUCUAUUCGAGAAGCUGCUGUCAUCGGCCUUGGCUCAAUAAACGUCCAGAUCUACCGCACUCUGCUCGAAUGUCUCGCUGGUCACGUUACAACUUGCAGUGAAGAGGCGAAAUUACGCUUGGCACCGCAUCAACGUACAAUGAGUAGCCCACGCCGAAGUCGACGAACGGAUCACCUUCGUACAGAAAUUACUCAUGUCUACAAACUUACAGCUCGGUUUCUAGAAGAGCCGAGCAUCCGCAACGACCCAGACAUCUUGGUCAAUCUCGUCACAUACGCGAAGGACCUACGACUAUUCCUUAAUGAUGCUGAAGUCCAGGCUGAGUGGGAAUUCCAGAAGCUACGGACUCACUAUUGUGGACUGAUGGAGGAGCUCUUUGAAGGCAUCAACAAGACUGCGGAUCCACUAUCUUGGAUGCCCUUUCAAGCUCGCAAAGCUGCGUUCUCCUUGAUGGAGGAUUGGUGUGGUUUCUCACCCAACCCAUCACAAGUACGACAGCGCGAGGACCAGAUGAGGCGUUCUGUACUUGAUCGAGACGACUUGACGAACAAGGGAAUUGCAACGGCGGCCAUGGAAAUCGAGAAGCGGAAUCUCCGCACUGCAGCCUUAAGUGCCAUGGCAGCGCUAUGUGGAGGUCCUCUCAGCAUCACGACUGACAGUAAAGUCACACUCACCUUCGACUUUGCGCGAAUACUUUCCUGGAUUGAGAUGAUAUUCAAUGAUGCAAGCGAUAGAACCAGAGCGACGGGACGGAAAGCUCUGAACAAUCUAAUCAUACAUAAUGCUGAUCAUCCCCGACUGGUGUCCCUGAUGAUAGACAAGUGCUACAUGGCUACUUCCUCGAAAGCACUGGAGAGCUACUUCGAGGUUGUAACCCAAGUCCUGUUUGAGAACGAUACUAUCUCGCUCCCGUUCUGGAAAGUCUUGAGUGCCGGUCUUCAUACUCUAGGCCACGAGAAUAAUCAUCUUCGUGCCAAGUCUUUACGCUUAUUGCGGAUAAUGGAGGAGCGGCACGGGAGGAACUCCAAGUUACAAGAACUCGACAUCAGCAUUUCCGACAAAACGAUCGCAGUGUACAAAGACGCUCAGUUCCAGGCAUCGAGGAGGCUUGCACUGACGCAUCCGGAUCUCGCAUUUCAUGUGUUUUCGGAAUUUUCCAGUCAUUUCAAUUCGCUAUUACCAGACCACCAGCGCAACAUGGUAGCCGCUAUGUUACCCUGGAUUCAGACUAUCGAGCUACAGUUAGACCCUAGUGGCGGUCCUGCUGUCGGCUCUUACAUGAUUUUAUCAAAUAUGUUUGAGAUCACUGUACGUUCUGGUAAUGCUCUCCACAACGAGAUCCAGGCAUUGUGGCAAGCGCUUGCGACCGGACCGCAUGCCGGCAACGUUCAACUCAUUCUCGACUUCUUCAUCUUUCUGUGCCUUGAAAAGAGAGAGCAGAACUUUGUAGACUAUGCAAGGCAAAUCGUGGUCUAUCUUUCCAGCACGCCGGCAGGCUCGAAGGUCGUAGAAUUUCUGCUGCUCCAAAUAAACCCCAGAGCUAUGCUAUUCGAGAAGAAAGAAGCAAUGCCCCCGCCGUUUGAGAUCACUCCGUUACCUUAUAUGGCCGAUCUUUCAGCUGUACUACCGAGUAGCAGCAAGCAGUACAAUUUCACUCUCGGUAUGUUGUGCCUCAUUCUGCUGGUAGAUCUUGUAGUUCCACCUGUUCAGAUUGCUCGGGAGCACAUACCGCUUCUCCUGGAGGUAAUCAUCAUUCUUUGGGACUACCAUAUCCCACUCGUUCAAGAUCAAGCCCGCGAGAUGUUGAUUCACCUCAUUCACGAACAGGUGCUUUCAAAGAUCGAAGAUGGUGACGAGUAUGUCGAUAAAAGGCCUAUUGAAGACUUCAUUGAAGCAAUCCGCAGAAGCGACGCCAGUCUGAUAUGGGCUUACGAAGCGAAUAACGGGAAAAGUGAAGAAGACAAUGCUCAUGAUCGGAUACCCGAAGGCAUGAAUUAUGUCACGAAUGAAGUAGUCAGGGUCUUCGAUAUCAAGUACCCAGGCAUCCAAGAAGAAUGGGGUAAAGUCACUCUGAACUGGGCGACUUCCUGUCAUGUUCGUCACCUGGCCUGCCGAUCCAUACAGGCUUUCCGCUCAAUUCUCAGCUUCCUUGAUCAGGGAAUGCUUGCCGAUAUAUUCGCCCGCUUAUCAAACACAAUCUCUGACGAUGCCAACGAGCUCCAAAUCUUCACGAUGGAGAUCCUUAUCACCAUACGAAAAAUAAUAGAAUAUUUGCAGAAGGAUGAUUUGAUCCGCUAUCCACAGCUAUUUUGGACAGCCUGUGCAUGCCUCAAUACGGUCCACGAGAGCGAAUUCAUGGAAAGCAUGUUAAUGCUAGACAAGCUGCUUGACAAAAUGGAUCUCAGCGAUCCCGCUACUGUGCAAACUCUACUCGAUGCAAAGCCAGAGAAGUGGGAGGGGAUGUUUGAUGGGCUGUCCUCGCUGUUGUACAAAGGCGUAAGGUCCAGCGUCUGUCUCGAUCGGACAUUGAGACUUCUGCAACGUCUUGUUACCUUGCCGUCUAACGAACUUGUUGGGGACGAUAGUCGCCUUGCAUUUGUCAUCUUUGCAAAUCUUCCUCGAUUCCUUCAAGUUUUCGACGCAGGGGAAAUAUAUCACACAACCUCCCUCGUUGCCGAGCAGCUAGCCACAGUGGCCAAUACCCAGGGGCACUCGAACUUGUGCGCUAUACUUGAGCAUUUUGCCGCGCAGCGGUACCGCAACGAGCACGAUUUUCUAGCCCAAGCAGUCUCUGCUCUCAGCACAGCCUUCUUUCCCGAACUCGAGUUCCGUGUAUUGACUUUGCUCAUCAGCCUGCUGGCGUCCAAGCUAACUUGGGUCAAAAUCAACACAAUGCAGCUUCUCUGUAUGCUCAUACCGCACAUUGAUAUGCGUCGAGCUGAAAUUGUUUCGAAGGGCCCGGAUCUUAUUUCUCCGCUGCUGCGACUAUUGCAAACAGAAUACUGCCCCAACGCCUUGGAAGUCUUAGACCUCGUCAUGGAUAUUUCGGGUACGACGACACCACUCGAUAAAGCGCAUAUGAGAAUGAGUAUGGCUGGCUCGCAUACCACCAGAGAAUUCCGCAAAGAGUACGAGAAGACAGCCAGCUUAUAUGGAAUUCCAGAGGAAACCGGCUGGUCAAUACCAAUGCCUGCUGUUCGCUCGUUAGAGACACGCGCUAAUGUUUCAGCUGUAUGGGCGACUUGUGCACCGGCAGACAACUCAGAGGAAGCACAUGUUAUCACUCCGAAAAUCGAGUUCCGCAAUGAAGAAUCUCCUUUCAGCCCAGCUUUCGCUGCCGAGUCACGCACCGCAACAAUGACCUCCGAGCACCACCCCGACGAUGGCCACAUGGGUGAGCUAGUCCUCAAACUCGACAGUCUAGAUGACUUCUUCGGCGAUGACGAUGAUGACGGAGGUGAUCUCACGCCCAACAUUCCAGGCCACUCGCCUGUGACAACCUUCUCACAUAGCGCGCUUGACGUUCGCGAAAAUAUUUACGAUCAGCAGACUCUUCCCAUCCUUCACAAAUCCCUCGAGCGCAACGCAAGUGUUUCCUCCUUCCAAUCGGGCUUUGCUGACCAUCGCGGCCCACGCGAUCCCGCCAUCAUGACUCCCACUGCUUUUUCCUCCACCGCUGCCGCUCUGCAGGUUGGCCCGCCUGCUCCGCGCCCAGGUCUGCACUCGCGCUCCAUCACAUCACCCGCAAGCACGCUCCCACAACGUACACCUCCCGGUGGUGGUACAUUCCUUGAUGAAACAGAAGAGUUGUUCUCGGAUGAUGAGACGCUCGUCGCGCGGCCGGGCGGGCCUGACAAGCCGUUUUUCUUGGAGACUAUGAUCAGACCUAUGGCUGCUGGCGCAAGGUCAGGAUUCAACAGGGGUAUAAGGAGGUUGACAGGAGGUAACGCGGAAGCCAAGGAGAGAGAACGGAGUAAGGAGAUGGUGCGCAGGGAGGCUCAGGAGAUGAGUCCACAGGUGCCAAAGGUGCCGGAUUUCUAUCUAAAUCGGGAUCCAAAGAGUGCGGAAAUGUAGUUUGUAUAAUACCCUUUUCGUUAGAUCAUAUCUUAAAACGGAUUUUUUACAAGCAGUGUAAUGCAGUUGUGGAAAGGCAUGGAGAGAUGAAGUUCCUCGUUACACAUUUCCGUCCAUGGAGCACACAUGUGCGUUGCUAUAAUCGAACGACGAUGAAUUGGAAC